AUGCCCCCUUCAGAAGAUUCGGAUCUGGCUCUCUUCGAUAUGGAGCAUUUUAGAUUUCGCGGCCUGGACGAGGAGCAAACGCUAGAUCCCUCAAGUCUCGACUUUCCCAAACCCAUUGCCAACGGCAACCACGACGCCUUUCUCAAUGACCCCGAUGCCGCAAACUCGUUUGUGUUUCACGAGGCCUACCAAGAAGAGUCCCUAUCCGACUCUUCCUCGUCGAAACGAGCAAGUAGCGAAGCCUCAUCGAAGACUGGUCCAAUGGACACGAGCAUGAUGAACGAUAUCUCCAUGGACGAUGGCACAUUCCAGAAUGCGUUGUCAAACGAGCAACUAUUCGACACCCCGAAUCACCGUAAUUUCGGCAUCUCGCCGCUCGAGAUGGAUAGCACUUUUGACGAAGACGAAUUCAUGAAUCAGUCCUUUGAUUUUGCUAGAGCGUCUAGUAGUCCUAGUGACGUACCCAAACCUCUCAUAACAGCCAACGGUCGUGCAACCAAGUCUAGGUCCCACAUUAAGAAUCGAUCGACGAACUCCUUCAAGGUUCCGUCGAGGGAAGUUUCACCGCAUUCGACAGUGUUUGCUAGCAACGCCUCAUCGCCGAACGACCAGAUGGACUUCCACGAUGCGAGGCAAAUGCUGAUGCACCAAGCUAACGGUGCGCCGGCUUGGCCGCAUCACCUUAACCCAGCAGUCGCAAACCACCUCCCCCACGCUUUCGCUACCAACCCUGCGGCGGCUAACCAGGCUAUGGUUUUGGCGGCCCAAUUCCCGACCUUCCUCCCUGUGCACCACGGCUUGGAAAUCCUAAGCAACCAUCCAUUUUUGACCUUUGACAGGGACGGCAUGCCACCCAAGACUCGCGUCGAGACCCAGAUCCACCUCAAGACGGUGUUCCCUCGACUACCGCCGGGUGUCGCUAAGCUACACCUUCCCAAGCACACCAUCUCUAAGCCUAAACUUUGGUCUAAGGUUCCCUACGUGCCAUCUCCCGACACGCUAGAUUUGCAUACCAUGCUCGUCUGCACGAGUGCCAUGGAAAACGAGGAUACGAGGCUACGAGCGUUGAAGAAGGCUCGCGAGGGACCCAACUCUGGUUUCAACGACGCGAGGCCAGAGAAGGAAACCGAUGAGGACAAGCCGUUGAACGGCGGUGAGGUCUGGAUCUGCAGUAACUGUAUUGAUCGUGAAAGGAAACGUUCGGAGCGCAAAAAGGUCAAGAAGCCCGACGAGGAGGGUAUCUGGAAACGAGAAGAAUGGCGCCGUGUCGUUGUCUUCAACACCCACGAGAUCCGAGAGUUCCCCAAGCCCGAUCCCAUCACCGGUUUCACAACGAUAGAGCUCCCUAUGCGCAUCGCUUGUUACUGCCGUCACCAACAGGAGAAGAUGGGUUUCCAAGUCAUCUUCACUAUUCGAGACCAUCUCGGACGUGUCUUAGCCCAGGAACUAACCCCAUCAAUCAUGAUAACCGACGACCACAAGAACCACCUUGCUCCGCCCGGACCCACGACUUCGACUACCCAAAUCUCUUCGCGGCCAACGCAGAAUUCGGCGCAGAUGAACGGCGCCGCACCUGCACCUGCACCUGCGCCUGUGUCUACGAAACCACAACUGAACAGCGGCGAUGUCAAGCCGGCUUCCAAUCCCGUAGUCCAACCGACCCCGUUCCGCUCAACCCAGUCGGUCUCCGACCUGACACGACUGCAGGCGGGCCCGCCUCCAACUGCUAGGCGGAUAGUGAACCCUAAUAAGCCUUCGAUGAACCCGCGCACUCUCUCACGCCCAGCCUCACCAAACAGCCUAUCAGCGCCGCAUGCCAAGAAGCGAAAGUCCAGCGCAGGGAAACUGCCUGUUAGCAUGGCCAUGACCCCUCUAGAUACCGCGACCGCGACUUCUCCUCCGACCCAACUAUCUGGCGCACCGUCUACUGCAACGUCGCCGUUUGCGCCCGGUGCUCUAUCAUUCCCCAACCAGGAUUCAAUGUUUACUGGUGGCAGUCCCUCCGCAGGCGGAAACCUUUUCGGCACUGCUCCUUCAACUCCCAACAUGGAGGACCCGUCCUUCUUCUCCCCGAAUGCGUCUUUGAGCGUCACCGCCGAACCCCUGGCCCUUCGACACAGGUUCUCCACUGCGGCGGGAUCGACGCACCAAAGCCGAGCAUCGAGCCCGAAUAGCUUCAACAACGCUCUAAAUGCAGCCGCUCUCCAGUCCCAAUUCGCGCAAAUGCUUCCCACUGGUGCCGCCGCGGCGGCGAACCUCGCCGCCAUGAACUCGCUCAGCAACAACUUGCUCGGAACUCAUCCUCUACCUACCAUUACAAAGAUCACGCCCUCCGAGGGUUCUAAGUUGGGCGGCUACGAAGUCACGAUCCUGGGUACUGGAUUCCACCGAGCACUCGAGGUCAUGUUUGGAGAUCAGAAGGCAACAGCGACUUACUUCUGGGCCGAUAACAUCUUAAUUUGCAUCGUGCCGCCCUCACCCAUACCCGGCGAAGUGGUGGUCACGUUCCCUCAGCAUCAGACUGGGGUGCAGUCGAUGAUUAAUCCGCAGAAGUUCAAGUACCUUGACGACGACGAAGACAAGCUGCUCCGCUCGGCUAUGGAAGUCCUCGCGCGGAAGAUGAACGGCAAUCUUGGGGACGUGAAGGACUUCGCUAUGCGCAUUCUCAACUAUCGUGGUCUUCCGCCUGGCGCGGGGGUUAACGGAGGUGGCCCGGCAGGCCAAGGCUAUACUAACGCUGCGUCUGGUUCGUCCUCGAAUGCGCCCUACGAUAUCGAGGCGCAACUUAUGAAGUGUCUCGAGCUCAUCGACCUCGACGACAGCCCGUAUAAGGCCCAGUGGGAUUACAAGAUCUCUUCGGGCCACACCAUGUUGCACUUGGCUUGCUCUCUCGGCUUCCAUAGGUUCGCGGCCGGAUUGGUUGCCAGGGGCGCCAAGGUGGAUGCUCUCGAUAACGGCGGCUUCACGCCUAUGCACAUCGCUGCCAUGAACAACUAUCCCGAGAUCGUAAGGAGGCUGUUGCUUGCCGGAGCCGACCCGACGCUGAAGAGCAAGCAAGGGUUGACGCCGGCAGACGUAGCGGAGUCUGAGGACAUUAUUGGCGACCUCCGCAGGGUAGCUAGGCGCACGAAGAACCGAAGCGUCGGCUCUCUGCGCAGCGCCGCCAGCAGCACCACGUCACUUAGGUCCCUCUGGUGCGGCGGCGACCAGUCUUGCCCAGACCUUCGAGACCUCGGAGCUGCUCAGGGCAAGUAUGAGGACGACAGCGCCGAGUACUCUUCGUUCGACAGCAGCGGAAGCGAUGAGGACGUAGCGGGCGAGGGAGACUCAGAUGUAGGCGCGGACGAGGAGGAUGUCCUCCAGAUGCGUAGACCAAGCGUCCCUACGGUGACGAGGCCACGCGCACAACUUAGCCGUACCAACACGCACGUCAGCCACGUUAGCAAGGCGGAGGAGGAGGAGAUUGCCGAGAUCCCGGCUUCCCCGAAUGCGGCUGCGGCUGCCUUCAAGCAGUUCCAGCAAGCGAUGGCCCUGUACAUGCAAAACCUCCCUCAGCUGCCUCACAUGCCACAAAUUCCGCAGAUACCCCAGAUGCCAGCCUUGCAAGGAAUGGGCACGAACGCCGAGAACCAGGCGUAUCUUUAUUAUGCCCAGUUUAUGCGCCGAUUGACCGCCCUGGUUCCCGGAAUGUCAGGACAACGUCCUGGUACGCCCGACUCGGAGUCGUCGUCGCCGCCGUCCUACGAGGAUCUCUACCCAUCUCGUGACGGUGAUAGGAAGGCGAGGUCUGCCGAGGAGGCUCGCGCUAUGCAGCCCACCGACAUCAAGACCUCCCCUGUUGAGGAGACGAUUACCACCGAGGCGCAAGGGGAGACUUCUGCCGCCGAGCCAAGCAAAGAGCCCGGUGUGCUGAAGAUUGGUCGGAAGAAUGCCAUCACCAAGGAGCAACAGCUUGACAUCCUACGAGCUCACGAGGCUAGGUUGAAGAGGCUUAGCAGCGACAAGAACUUGUUUAUGAUUUGGAUUCCAUUGCUUGUAUCAGUUCUUUGCGCAUUGCUCUAUGGGCGCUUCCCGGGAAUUUUCAGCUUCAUUGGCAGCUUUAUUCUUUCGCUCUUCAAGGUUAUGCAACCGACCCCCGAGGCUUCUUUUGCUACUCGCGGUGCAGAGAGGGUCGUUGAGGUUUUAUAA